UUUGAUGUAUUUUGGUGUGUAUUGUUUAUCAGACAGAAGAUGUAGUAAACUAGAAGAGAUUUUAAGAAAAUUUUUUUAAGUUGGGAGGGAUAAAUGUAGCUUUGAAUUUCUAUUUUUUGCAGGAGUGAGAGGGAUGUAAAGAAAGAAGUUGGGAUAUUAUAGGAGAUUUUUUGGGGAGGGGAGGGGGUCUUAGAAUAUUAUAAGAUUUUUUCACGUAUGAGAAGAAAGGUGGUUGAGAGAGGGGAGGGAGAGACAUGUAUUUUUUAAUCUCUAUUUUAUACCAUUUUAUAUGUAUAACUUAACUUACAACUCCCAAAGAUAUGUGACUUGUCCUGAAAAUGAUAUAUGUAUUUAUUGUUGUUGAUAAUCCAAAAAUUGGGGGAUUAGAAAUCUGGGUUCGAUUUAAAAAAAGAGAAAAAUAUUCUCAAAUUUUCAAAGAAUAUUUUACUGCCCAAAUCUAUAAUCUUGCCAAUAUAUGUAUAAUCUCAACUCUAACCUUCUCUGCUUCUUCUUCUAAUUUUUGAUUGUUGAUAUAUAUUAUCAUUAAUAUCUAAAUUUUGUUGUUCUUGUUUAUUAUUAAUUAAUAUUGUUGGUUCACUUAAUCGUCUAAUACUAUGUUGUUGUUUUUGAGGAUAUUGUUGGUGUUGAAUUUGUGGUUUAAUAGAAAGGAGAUUUAAAUAGGAAGGGGAGGAAGUUGUUGAUUCUUGUGUUAUUAAGGACGUUGUAUGUUUUUGUUGUUGUUUUUCUUCAAUGUUGCCAUCACAUUUCGAAACAUUUUCGUUUAAAAGCUUAGAAACUAGAGGAUAUUUAUUUUGUUGGGAGUAAUUAUCAGAAUUUGUAUUAACAUCUUUUAAAAAAAUUUUUUUGUAUUGUUUAUAUUUU